UGUUCGCAAAGUGAUAUGGGAAAACGUUACAUGUGGGUACGAUAGAAGCUGACAGUUAUCAUUGGAAGGUUUCAAGAUCUCAAAAUGGUCUCUAAACAAGAGCUAGAAAAUGACCAGCGGUUCAGCAAGGUCACAAAAGACCCUCGGUUCUGGGAGAUGCCAGAAAAGGAACACAAAAUUAAGAUAGACAAAAGAUUUCAAUCAAUGUUUCAUGACAAAAAAUUUAAACUAAAGUAUACAGUAGACAAACGAGGCAGACCUGUCAACCGCAGCACACGAGAGGAUCUUAAGCACUUUUAUGACAUUACUGAUUCUUCUAGCGUAGAUGAUUCAGAUAAUGAAAAGGAAAUGCCCGACGUGAAAGAAGAAGCUAAGAAGACAGGGAAAAAGAAAUUAAAAGUAAAAACGGUAAAUGAUGCUGAAGACUUGAGUAAUAGCAUUGUAGGGAAACCAGAUAAAGCAGUUAAGAAACCGAUUAAGGGUACUGUUCCAAACCUCAAAAAAUCUACAACAAAGGAAAACGAUGUGGAUGUAACACUGGCCGGCAGGAAGGGGGAUCUGAAGAAGGAGCAGUUGGUGGAUGAUGAGUCUGAUGUGGAGAAUAAAUGUAAAAAGCAGCUGCAAAAAGGCAAGAAGAAGAAAAAAGGCCUUUCCAGCCAACAGCUUUCUUUACUUGAGAAGCAGCAUUUUCAAAAAAUUAAAACUAUAAAUACAACUGCUAAAGCUGCUAAGGCUCAGUCUGAAUUAUUGGAAGAUGAUACCAGCUCAGAGACAAGUGAUGAAGACGACCAUGGAAAUAGGGAAAGUGAAGCAGAGACAUCAAACUGCAUUAUCUCAGAAAAGGAAAGUGAUGAAGAGGCUGAAGGAGAGGAGGAGAAGGAAGAAGGGAGCGAAGAAGAGUCUGAGCAGAGUGAUGAAUCGGAUGAGGAUAGUGAGAGUGGUCCUGACUUAGCCAGAGGAAAAGGAAACAUUGAAAGCAGCUCUGAUGAGGAUGAUGAGAAUGAUAUUGAGCAACUUCUCCAUCCAGAAGACCCAGAGAUGAUUGAGCAUGCUUGGGGAGAGCUGGACAAUGAUGCUCCUCGUGGAGAUAUGGUCACUCGUCGGCUGGCAGUAUGCAAUUUGAACUGGGAUAGAAUGAAGGCUAAAGAUCUGCUUGCUCUUUUUAAUUCAUUUAAACCUAAAGGUGGAGUUAUAUUUUCUGUGAAGAUCUAUCCUUCUGAGUAUGGAAAAGAACGUCUCAAAGCAGAGGAAUGUCAGGGACCUGUUGAAAUACUCAGCGUUCCAGAAAAUUCUACUGAAGACACCGAAGAAGAAAGGGUUUAUAAAGAGAAAAUACGGGAUUAUCAAUUCAAACGACUCAAGUACUUUUAUGCAGUGGUGGAAUGUGAUUCUGAAGAAACGGCAAACAAGAUUUAUGAGGAAUGUGAUGGUCUAGAAUAUGAAAGCAGCUGUUGUUUUAUUGAUCUCAGGUUCAUUCCAGAUGAUGUUACAUUUGAUGAAAAACCCAAAGAUGUGGUAACAGAUGUUGACCUGUCUUCAUAUGCACCAAAACUGUUUACUUCAGCAGUUGCAUCAGGAACAUCAAAGGUGGAACUUACCUGGGAUGAAACUGACUAUGAUCGUGUCACCAGUUUAGAAAAAACAUUUAAAAAAGAUGAGCUUCUUGAUUUGGAUUUUCAGGCCUAUCUGGCUUCAUCCAGUGAGGGUGACGAGGAAGAAGAAACAACCCAGCAAGAUGAAACUGCAGAAGAAAGUGAAAAGAAAAUGAAAAGUCACAAAGGUGGGGAAGAUCAGAUAUCCAAGUACAGAGAGCUGCUGAAGAGUAUCAAGGAUAAGGAUUCUUUGCAUGAGAAUAAAGACAUGGAAAUGGAAGUGACAUGGGUUCCAGGUCUUAAAGAAUCUGCUGAAGAAAUGGUUAAAAGAAAAUUAGAAGGGAAGGAUGAGUUGACAGUGUGGGAGCGAUAUCUUCAGAAGAAAAAAGAGAAUAGAAAGGAAAAAAAGAACAGAAAAUCUGUCAAGGCACAAGCUGAAGAUAAAAGUAGUGAUGAAGAAAUUCCAUCUGAUGUUGACUUUAAUGACCCCUUCUUUGUCGAUGAACUUGGUGGAAUGGGGAAAAAAAAGAACUUGAAAACCAAAAAAGAGGAAAAAACUUCAGAAGAAAAGGCUGAAGAUGAAAGACAAAAGGCUGAAAUGGCAUUGCUAAUAAUGGACGAUGAAGAAGACAGGAAACAUUUUAAUUAUGAUAAGAUUGUAGAGCAGCAGAAUCUGAGCAAGAAGAAGAAGAAGAAACUGAUGAAACAACAAGAUCUGUUAGAGGAAGACAACUUCCAGGUGAAUGUUGCUGAUCCAAGAUUUCAGGCUAUGUAUACAUCACAUCAUUUCAACUUGGACCCAUCAAAUCCUAGUUUUAAGAAGACAAAGGCUAUGCAGACAAUCUUGGAAGAGAAGGCUCGCCAGCGAGAACACCAGCAACAAGAGCAAGCAAAACCCAUCAAGAGAAAGCAAGAAUUAGAUGCAGAAAGCACAAAACAAAAAACAGACACUAAGAAAAUAUCAGAUCCUGAUCUUUCAGUGCUUAUAAAAUCAGUUAAAAGAAAAACAGAACUGUUUCAAGCAAGCAAGAAACAGAAAACCAAAUGAAAAUACAGCCAUUGUGAUCUCAAAUGUUUUAAAUGUUAAAUUCUUGAAGCUACAAUGUAGGCUACAUAUUUGGUAAACAUUUUAGAGAAUUUUUAUAGCAUACCUUUGUUUCAAAGUAAUAUUUCCAUCUGCAGAAAAAAAAAUCUUAAAAUGUGCAUUUGUCUACUGGAAGUUCAACUAUACCUUAUACAACCAACAUUGUACCAAUUUGUGUCCAGAGCCCACUAUGUUGAACAAAACAAUUUCAAUGUACAAGUUCAACAUAGUAUUUUAAUACACUAUUUAAUUUUAUAAUUAAGAUAUCACGGCAAAAGUACAUUAAUAAUAGCAGCACUUUUAGUGUCAGGUAUAUACGUUACGUUCUGCACGCUACUUCCUUGCUGUUGGCCAACUAUGCAAGUUCGAUAAAGUUCUUUACAGUGGUAUGACUGUACAAAAAGGACAUUUGAUGUUUAGUGUUCAAGGAAUAGCCAUUCGAUAAUUCCAUUCGAUGAGUAAACAUAGACCCCACUUUGAGACAGCACACAGACUACCAGAGGAGUUUGAGAUGCAUUAGAUCAUCUUCCCUUUCCAGGAUCUAUGGUGGAUGCUUAACUGACAUCACCUUUGAAGACCACACUCAUCUGUGCAAAUGAGUUGGACAAAAGAUGCUGCUGUACUUCCCAUGGCACAGAAGGGUCUGUUUAUGUAUUUUUCUGGUUGUAUUACAUGGUACCCAAAUGUUCAGAUAUUUUUUCUGGUUUAGAGACACUGGGAAGCUUCUCCCUAUGGGAAGUGCUUUAAUACUUUACUGUCAUGGAUCCAUGGAACUUAUUAAUAUAAGGCUGAUGACUCUUUAUGAAACUGAAGAAAAUGGGAAUUUGGAAGGGGUUUCAUUUCAUAUAGUAUGAAAUGAAAAAUUGAUGCAGAUGUCACAUCCCCUCAAUUACAGACGUUAUUUUACCUCAGGAUGUAGACUGUAGCAGACAGAAGUAUAAAAUAUCUUGAUUACUGAGUUUGUAUUACUGAUUGUGAUGCAUUUAAUUAUAUUAAAAUAAUGCAAUGAGCUAAAUCAUUCCAAGAUCAGAAUGUCCUAGAAUGAAAUAAAAUAAGCAAUAUUGAUCAGAGUUUUUGUCUGUAACAGUUUACAGUAGAGCAUGUCUAAGCCUUGCAUACUUUACUUCAAAGAGACAAUCUUUGGUAAGGAUUUCCUCAAAAGCAGAGGAGUAGCUGCAUCUUGUAUUGUGAUGGAAGAAAAAAUAUAUAUAAUUUUGUUCCACAGUAUAUAAAAAAGGAAUAAACAAUGUCACUGUUAUACAGAAAUACAUACUCAUGUUCAAACCCAGAAUCAGCAGCAUUAUAAUUUGUUUUGAUAGCGUUUGUAAUUGUUACUCUGAAGAGAACUGAAAUCUAAACUUUUCAGAUAUUUUGCAAACAUUGUAAUUUAUCAAUUUUAGAAUGUCCUUCUGCCCUGAAUUUAACUUCAUCUUCAAAUAAUAUCUCACUGCUUCUUCAAGUUUAUUAAUAUUACAUUUUGAGGACAAGGUGGAUUGUCAGACUUGUACUGUAUGUUGCAAAACGUAAUAGCAGUUGGAGAAAGACAACAGAACAUCAAGCACGUGAAUGACUCAGAACAAGUAGAAUGUGCAUAUUUUGUUAUAACAUCUAAAUUGACAGAAAAUAUAUUUUAAAAAGUGUCA